CCUUGUCCUUCCAGAGACCUAGCCCCUUCCCCCUGCCUGUGCUGCCUUCUCCUCUCCCAAGCCUGGCUGUGGCUGCUUCUCCUCUUCCUUCUCCUGCUGCCGCGGCUGCUUCUGCCGCUGCUGGCACAUACCGCCAGCCCCUCGGGGUGUGGUUUCCCCAGACCAGCCCCCAACAGUGGGACGCAGCUAUAUCCCGGCCUCCGUCUCCCAGCUCCUGCAAGGCCCACCAUCCCCCCUCCCUGGAGACACACCCAACACCCUUUCAACACCCCAACCCACUCUCCAAUCCAUUUUGGGGGGACCCCCCUCUUCUUAGUCUUUUUCCAACCUCUGGAUGCGCUGGGGCUGUUUCCAACUUCCAACUGAGCGCCAGGGGGCUUCCUCGGGCCCCUUUCCUCCCCCUGGAACUCUGGAGAGGGUGGACCAGACUUUCUCAGCAUCCCCCCCAUACCCCUCUCUCCCAGACACCUCUCAGUCUCUGAAAGAUAACCUAGCCCCAUAUCUACCCCUUUAGAUACCCCACUGCCUUCUCCAGACCCUCUCAGAGGCCCCAUCUCGUAUUCCUUCCUCAGAACUCCUGUAGAGUGUAGACAACCCCCCAGGCUAUUCUUGGCAGCUCUAGGAGCUCCCAAGACACCUCUCAGCCUCUUUACAACCUCCUGGUGCUACAGCCACCUCUUACAUUCACCAACCCCUUUCCUAGAUCCACGAGCGUGCUCCAGUCCCCUAAUCUUUUCCCCAGAAGUCUUGAGGGUGUGGACAACCUGCCUCACUUUUCUCAGUCCCUCCAGAAUCCCCCUCCAGUCACUCUCAGCCUUUUUCAAACACCUCUGGUCCCAUUUCUAGCCCUCUGGAUGCGCCAAUUCCCUCUCCAAGCCCACUAAGGGGUCUCAGCCUCAUCUUCCCUCAGAACUCUUGAGAGUGUGGACAGGUCCCCAGCAUUUCUUGCCCCUCCUAGACACCCCAGACAUCUCACAGGCACCUGCUGACCCUUCUAGAACCAUCUCAGUCUCACUAAACACUCCCACAGAUCCUUCUUGGCCCCUCUAGGCUCCCCUUUUCUCCUCUCCAUGUUCCCCCUAGCUCUUUUUUCUUAGUUCCCUCAAGACAUACCCCAGGUCCCUCCCAGACCCUCUAAAUGCCCCCCAAGGCCCUACCCAUCUCUCUAGUUCCUCCUGGUUCCUCUUGGCCUCUGUAGACACCCUCAGUUUGCUUGUGCGAGUGGCCCAGGGCCUCCCCAAGCUCCCACCAUCCUGGAGACAGCCAUACUCUCCUAAGGCCACCCCCCCCCAAGUCUCCGUGGGCCUGGGGCGAGGCAAGAUGGCGGCAGGCGUGGCCACGUGGCUGCCAUUUGCGAGGGCGGCCGCGGUGGGCUGGCUGCCCCUGGCCCAGCAGCCCCUGCCCCCUGCACCGGGGGUGAAGGCAUCUCGAGGGGACGAGGUUCUGGUGGUGAACGUGAGCGGACGGCGCUUUGAGACCUGGAAGAACACUCUGGAUCGUUACCCAGACACCCUGCUGGGCAGUUCUGAAAAGGAAUUCUUCUAUGACGCUGAUUCUGGCGAGUACUUCUUCGAUCGUGAUCCGGACAUGUUCCGGCAUGUCCUGAACUUCUACCGCACGGGUCGGCUGCACUGCCCGCGGCAGGAGUGUAUCCAGGCCUUCGAUGAAGAGCUGGCUUUCUACGGUCUGGUGCCGGAGCUCGUGGGCGACUGCUGCCUCGAAGAGUACCGGGACCGCAAGAAGGAGAACGCCGAGCGCCUGGCGGAGGACGAGGAAGCCGAGCAGGCCGGGGAGGGCCCAGCCCUGCCCGCCGGCAGCUCCUUGCGGCAGCGGCUCUGGCGGGCCUUCGAGAACCCACACACGAGUACGGCGGCCCUCGUUUUCUACUACGUGACCGGCUUUUUCAUCGCCGUGUCUGUCAUCGCCAAUGUAGUCGAGACCAUCCCGUGCCGCGGCCCCGCGCGGCGACCCCCGAGGGAGCAGCCCUGUGGCGACCGCUUCCCACUGGCCUUUUUCUGCAUGGACACGGCCUGUGUGCUCAUAUUCACGGGUGAAUACCUCCUGCGGCUGUUCGCUGCCCCCAGCCGCUGCCGCUUCCUGCGGAGCGUAAUGAGCCUUAUUGACGUUGUGGCCAUCCUGCCCUACUACAUUGGGCUUUUCGUGCCCAAAAACGAGGAUGUCUCAGGCGCCUUUGUCACCCUGCGUGUGUUCCGGGUGUUCCGGAUCUUCAAGUUCUCCAGGCACUCACAGGGCUUGCGGAUUCUGGGCUACACACUCAAGAGCUGUGCCUCUGAGCUGGGCUUUCUCCUCUUUUCCCUUACCAUGGCCAUCAUCAUCUUCGCCACUGUCAUGUUUUAUGCCGAGAAAGGCACAAACAAGACCAACUUUACUAGCAUCCCUGCGGCCUUCUGGUAUACCAUUGUCACCAUGACCACGCUUGGCUAUGGAGACAUGGUGCCCAGCACCAUUGCUGGCAAGAUUUUCGGAUCCAUCUGCUCCCUCAGUGGUGUCCUGGUCAUUGCACUGCCUGUGCCAGUCAUCGUGUCCAACUUUAGCCGAAUCUACCACCAGAACCAGCGUGCUGACAAGCGCCGGGCACAGCAGAAGGUGCGCUUGGCAAGGAUCCGGUUGGCAAAGAGUGGUACCACCAAUGCCUUCCUGCAGUACAAGCAGAACGGGGGCCUUGAGGACAGUAGCAGUGUGGACGAACAGGCGCUGUGUAUCAGGAACCGUUCCGCUUUCGAGCAACAACAUCACCACCUCCUGCACUGUCUGGAGAAGACAACGUGCCAUGAGUUCACAGAUGAGUUGACCUUCAGUGAGGCCGUGGGCGCCGACUCACUGGGGAGCCGCACCAGCCGCAGCACCUCUGUGUCCUCCCAGCCAGUGGGACCUGGCAGCCUGCUGUCCUCCUGCUGCCCCCGCAGGGCCAAGCGCCGUGCCAUUCGCCUUGCCAACUCCACUGCCUCGGUCAGUCGUGGCAGCAUGCAGGAGCUGGACACACUGGCAGGGCUGCGGAGGAGUCCUGCCCCUCAGAGCCGUUCAAGCCUCAAUGCCAAGCCCCAUGAUUGCCUCGACCUGAACUGCGACAGCCGGGAUUUCGUGGCUGCCAUCAUCAGUAUCCCUACCCCUCCUGCCAACACCCCAGAUGAAAGCCAGCCUUCCUCUCCUGGUGAUGGCGGUGGGGCCAGCAGCACCCUCAGGAACUCCAACCUGGGCACCUCUUGCCUCCUCCCAGAGACUGUCAAGAUUUCUUCCCUGUGAGCAGAGGCCUGCCCAUCCAGAGGGCCCUCUCGAUUCUUGGGGACUCCUUUCCAAAGCCAUAUUUUGGGGAGGUGGGGAGGGGCAGGCCUGGGGACCCCUUCUGCCCCCCACUGAGAACUAUGCAAUGGAGUUUCAUGGAAUGGCUUGCCUGGUGGGGAAGUAGCCAGGGAAGCAGGCAACUUUCCCCACCCCAGACAGCUGUUCCAGUGGGCGCUGAGGUGCUGGGCUUCCUCAGCCCCCCUGGCCUCCUUGCCCCAGCAUGCUGGGACUGGCCUCUCUCUCCUAGCUGGCCUCCUACAUGCUCCUCUUCUUGUGUCCCAGGCUCCCACCUGACAUCUGAGCUCUGGCCUGAGGAGGAGAGGUGAGACACUCUCUUCUCUCUGGCUGGGCAGUGGAAGUUUGGGGGUUCAGAGAAGAGAAGCUUCACCUCUGUUCUGGCCUCUAGGAGAGGUCCCCACCUUCUACCAAGCCUGACAACUCCCCGAUUCUGAAGCUUGGAAUGCAACAACAGGUUUCAUGGGCUGUGGCCUCAGCAGUGACCCGCCAUGACCCCCCUCGCCUUGACUCAGGGGUCAGGCUGCCUCUCCCAAUACACACAGAUAGCACAAAUGCCAUUCCCCUUUCCUGGCUGCUGGAAAUGGGUCCCUGCAACCCCGUCCUCCGCUGGGCCCCCAGCAAACUCUAGCAAUAGCAGCUGCUGCCAUGACAUUAUGCAAAGCCUCUGCCCAGUUUUCUGCAGCGUUUACAUCUGCCCUAAUCAGAGGGGCCACCUCUAAGUACUACUCUCUUCUCUGAUUUGCUUCCUUCCUGGGUUGGGCUGGAGCCUGGACUGGCUAAGAUAAGAGCCUAGCAGCCAGUGAGAGCCGGGCUAUAUUUGGAGAUCAUAGGCUGAUUCCAUGUUCUUGGGCAGGAGUCCAGAAGCAUCAGGGGCUGAGGCCUGGGUUGCUCCUGAACUCUGGGAGUUGUAGGAGGCAGGUGGAACUUCUUGAUCUCCUCCUCCUCCUCCUCCCCCACAACGCCUUUUCACAUAUUCCUCUCUCUUUUUCCUCUUGGGUCACCUUCCAGAACUCUGUGUUUGCUCUUGGGCUGAAAUCUGGCAUCAUCUCAGGUUCCCUGUCCCCAGCACUGUCCCCGUGGAGCUGGUGGCUGACAAAGAUGUAGUUUCCAUCAGUCAAUAAAACCUGAGAGGAGAGAC